AUGACCCGAGACCGACACGCGAGCCGCGCGAGUUUCGCAUGCGUACGAUGCAAGAAGGACAAGAGACGAUGCGACAUCUCUCAGAUUUUGAGCUCGGGGGACCGACUGGACCGGUCCUGCACUUCAUGUCGGAACAAGAACGAAAAGUGCGAGGUCCGGUACGGCGAGGAUAAGCGUAGCCAACGCCAGCCAAACGAGACAAAGGCAUUGCAACGGCGAAUGCAGGCAUUAGAGGAGUUCGUUAAGAACGUUUCCCGGUCCGAGAGUACCAACAAGAACCCAGAGCUGCCGCCUUCGCGGCAUAAGGCGGAUGACGACUCGGAUUGUCUGAUGGAACAAGCACGGCGGAUUGUCGACAACUAUCAGGAUGCAAGGACACGUGCCUUUCCGAGUCCUGCCAGCUCUUCAAGUCCGGGGACUCGGGACAUGACGAUAUCUAUCUCCCCUCCGGAGGGAGCACAAAGCAAUUGGGCUGUGACGUCGCAUCAGGACCUUCACCCCGUCUCACACUCUCGAUCUGUCUCCUUCUCGGGCCAAAACAGACCGAAGACCGACGAUAUCACGCACAAUGGCAUUCGAUCCAUCUCCUUUUCAGGGCCAAGCAGACCAGAGUUUGACUGUGUCUCCGAGGGCUUCCCUCCUGUCAUGGAGGAGAUGGGUACACCCGAUAGCAUGCAUGACUUUGACCAAUUCCUGGGCUCUUCCACCCUAUUCCCGUACUCUGAGAACCAGACCCGCUCAAGGAGUCCACGCGGGGAAGGCCACUCCUUUGAGGACGACUCAAGCCAACAAGCCCGCGGUGCCCUCGAAAGCUUUCCCGAGCCAGAGCCCAUUGUUUCCCACUUACUAGACCUCUUCUGGAAAUGGCAAUCAUCUCAUCUUCUUGUCGUUGACCGUGCUUUAUUCCUGCGCCACAGAGAAAUGUGGGAUGAGAGUGAGGGACACCACGGGGAUCGAAACCACUACACCCCAUGUCUGCUGUACGCAAUCAUGGCCCUGGCAUCAAUGAUUAGUCUUGAUAAGGGAGUUGUGCGGUACUCUACUUCUACCGGCGGUGUUGCCGGAGAGACUUUUGCGAAGCGAGCGCGCUCAAUGUUCGAUCUCGAAAUGGACCACCCGACCAUCUCCACUGUCCAGGCGGCAUUAAUACUUGGUUCUCGCUAUGGGGCCAUGAAGGACAACUCUCUUGGUUGGAUGUACAGCGGUAUUGCUUUCAGGAUGGCAAGUAAACUGGGUCUGCAUCUGGACUGUUCCAAAGCUAUUGCGUCUGGCAAGAUGAGUCAGGAGAUGGCCGAACUCAGGAGGAGAGUAUUUUGGGGCUGCCAUAUUGAAGACAAUCUCUUCAGCGCUUAUUGUGGGCGGCCAAAUUCGUUCAUGGAGUGGGACAUCUCCAUUCCUAUACCUGAACGACACGUAAUAAGUGUUGACAAAGAAGACGCUGAAUCAACUUCAUUACUUUUACAUCACACCUCGACGCUGUCAGUGCUGUGUUCUAAGAUACUGAUUAGUAUUCACCGUCAAAGGCGCCAUUCAUCGACAGGUGAGAUGCGAUUGAAGGCAUCUCAACUUCACAGAGCCCUAUGGCAGUGGCAUCACGAUCUUCCUAAGAGCUUGACAUGGUCCAUUGACUCAAACGUCUUGGCACAGCCCCAUGUCUUCAUCUUACAGAUGAACUUUUACUUCGCUCUCAUUCUGCUCCACCGACCAUUCCUCCGAUUCUCUUCAAAGCUUCUUGACAUCGACGACAUGAGCUCGUCGCCCCUGAACUCUACACACGCAUGCGCCACAGCAGCAGCAAACAUUACGAAGCUCGCAACCACCUACAGGCGGUCUUUCAACAUGAGGCAGAUGCCGCCAUCAGUCGUUCACUUCAUCUUCAUCGCGGGUAGCAUCCAUCUCCUCAAUCUCCGCGCAGCACAACCAGGAAACCACGAGGCCCUCCUCCAGAGCUCCACCGAAGCAUUGUCCGAGCUUGGAAAGUCGUACCCCGUGGCGCACAAGGCCGGCACCGAGCUGGAAGGCUUGAUCGAUAAAUGGAGGUCGGCGAAAGAGGCCGAGAAGAGGGCCGCUGAGACGAACAGGGCGGCGCAAGAGAUUGGGAACACGAUGAGCUCUGGAUGUGCGAUUCGGCCGGGCGUAUCUGGUUUUCUCGAUAUUGAUUUCUCUCCAUUGGAGGAGCUUGGGGAGUUUAUGGAUAUGAAAAAGGGCCAACAGCCAGCCACAAAGUCUGUAUUUGAGAUGCCACCUGAUGUUGAAUUCCACGAACAGCUGUCGCUGGACCAAAGCGGCAAUGAUUGUAUGUUUUUGGGGCAGGAUUGGCUUCAGGAUGGAACGGGUUUCGAGAGUAUGGACGGAAGCGGUUGUCCUUGGAUGUACAAUUAG